UUGUCUGCAGACUGUUGGGCCCAUCUUCAUCCUGUCAACAUGUUCAACAGUGAUAAUGUCAAGUUCUACCACAGCAAAGCUCUCACCUCCCCGUAUCCAGGAUCACAUGUUGAGCGCAGCCAGGUUCCUGAAGACAAAGUGGACUGGCUGGUUGAGUGGAGAGAUUAUAAUCCUGUGGAGUACACUGCGAUGUCUGUUUUAGCUGAACCCAAAUGGGCAGAUCCCCAAAUCAAUGCUAAAGGUUUUUCUCCCAAAUUCAAUGAGAGAGAUGGAGAAGUGGAGAGGAGGAGUCUGAAUGGUUUGUAUGUGGUUGAGAACGGGAGGCCCCGAAAUCCAGUGGGAAGGACUGGCCUCACAGGCAGAGGGUUGUUAGGGCGCUGGGGACCAAACCAUGCUGCUGAUCCUGUUGUAACUAGGUGGAAGAGGGACAGAAGUGGCAAUAAAAUUGCUCAUCCAGUUACUGGCAAAAAUAUCUUGCAGUUUGUAGCUAUCAAGAGGAGAGACUGUGGGGAGUGGGCCAUUCCAGGGGGGAUGGUGGACCCAGGGGAGAAAAUCAGCACUACACUGAAGCGAGAAUUUGAGGAGGAGGCCUUGAACUCCUUGCAGAAAUCACCUGAGGAGAAAACGGAAUUGGAGAAGCAACUCCACAAACUGUUCAGCCAGGAGCACUUUGUGGUGUACAGAGGAUAUGUGGAUGACCCUCGUAACACCGAUAAUGCCUGGAUGGAGACGGAGGCUGUGAACUAUCAUGAUGAAACCGGUGAGACAAUGGAUAAGUUGCCUCUGGAAGCAGGUGAUGAUGCUGGAGUGGUGAAGUGGGUUGACAUCAGUGAGAAGCUCAAGCUGUAUGCAAGUCAUAGCUACUUCAUUAAGCUUGUGGCUGAGAAACAGGGAGCCCACUGGAGUGAGGAUCCUGGUCCUGCAUGCCGUGAGUGAUGUAAAUGAGGAACUGGUGGACACCAAGGGGAGAAUACAUUUUCCAGCUUUGGAAGAGAUGACACUGUCCUUUUCAGUGGAAAUUCAGUGAUAAUUCUUUGAAAUUCAGCUGGCAAAAACAUUUGGCAGUGAUUAAAUAGAGGCUUUUUCAGAUACUUCAGAUUGCUUCUUUUGAUUUUUU